GACUGCACGCAGAAGAUUCGCCCCGGCCCACUCUCCUGACGUCCCGCCUUGCGGAUCUCUGUCAGAAGGACGAAGGAAUGCCGGCGGUGCAGGCGCCAAAGCCACAGGUCUUUGGUGCUGCCCUGCAGCACAACGGCACAGAGGAGGGCCCGGUGGAGUCCAACAGCGAGGGAAUCCCUUGCAACAGGAAAGAGCCCGAGGAGCUCGUGAAGGAAGAGGCCUUCUGGAGCAAAGCACAGGAGGCGCUUGAAGAGCGCGCCCGACGUGAGCAGCUCUUGCAAUUUCUGAGGAAGCAUCGCUUCAAAGACGUGAACACCAGCAGCGGUUGGUUCUUCAACUUCCGCUUUCCUCUGCAUGCAGCUGUGGAAGACAACGAUGCUGAGAUGGUCAGAGUGCUGCUGCACUUCAAGUCAAAGACAAAGAUGAAGGACGCAGCCGGGCUUUCCGCCCGCCAGCUGGCAAGAAAGAGGAACCACAAUGGGUCCCACGAUGUGAUCCUCCAGAUCCUAAACGAGCACGCCGCUGCAAGGCGGAAGCGGGCAGCCGCCCGCCGCGCGACGCGCUCGAAGACGAAGACGGACGGUUGCGGACUUAACGAAGCCUUGGAAUCCUUAUAUAAAUCCCAAACAUACUACGAUCCAAUAUACCCCCAAAGGUUAACCUGA